AGUCCCCCGCCUUUUAACAUUGAGUGAACCGGCCCUGAUAUAUUAUAAGUAUUACUAUACAUAAUAAUAUCGUUAGUGUCAUUCAGAAUGGAUAUUCUUAUAACGACGUAUUGUUGCGUAUGUUUGGUAGAUGCCAAUAGAGAGUAGUUUCGUCGGUAAUAUUUGCACUUGCUAUACAUUCGUGUAUAGUUAUACAAUUAAAAAAUAGUUUCGUGGUUACGGUUAUACUCAUACUUCUUACGUGAAGUUUCAAAUGUGAUUCGCCGAUUCUCGAGAGGGUAGUUUGAUUAGAAUACAGACACUAUCAGUUAUGAAGAGAUAAGACAAAGUAUUUAUGAUAGUAAUGAAAAAAUUAAAUUAAAGAAUUAAUGUUGCAACCUGUAACUGAAUUUUGUCGUAGGGGUAAUAAGUUCCGAUUGAAACUGGAAGUCAUAUUUGUCAGUUUUAUUUAAAUAAAAUAUAAUGAUUUACUCGAAAAAUGAUUGGAAUAAAUUGUUAAAGAUUGUAUGCUUUAUCUUGGUUCCUUUUUGGAUACUAAAUGUGGGACAGUGCCUUGUCCAGAAAGAUAGAUUUGAUGAAGAAUUACUACUGAAACCUUUACCUAGUGGUCAUGUAUAUGCCUAUUUUCAGUUUACUACUGUUUGGGAUGCACCUUCAGGCCCUCAGAUGUUUCAGCAUUGUCAUUUAUUUCCCCGAGCAUUGGGAGAAGUUGCUGGCAGGCAUAAUGUUCAAGAACUCCAUGUAACACUCACUGAAGGACUAUGGCGAUAUGAGUAUUGGGGAUUCCCAGUUAGCGAUGCUGCCCCUGGAGCGGAACUCUGGACAUGGUUCAGAAAUGACACCAAGGAUGUUGAUUAUGUUUGGAGGAAACUAACUGGUGCUUUGUCUGGUUUACUAUGUGCUUCAUUGAAUUUCAUUGGCACUCCCAACAGUCUGAGUCCUGAAUACAGUUUUCGUCCCACAGGUGUUGUUAAAAACUCGAAUCUUAAUUCAUCUUUUGUCCGAUAUGCAACACUGCCACGAGAAAUUGUCUGUACUGAAAAUUUAACACCAUGGAAGAAACUACUGCCAUGUGAUUCCAAGAAAGGUUUUGCAUCAUUAUUGAAUGCUGGUCAUAUUCACAACACAAAUUAUCAUUCAUUGGGCCUUCAUAUGAGGCCAGUCUGUAAGGAUGCCAAGUGUACAGAAGUAUCAAUUGAACUACGUCAGACUGUUUCACUAGUAUACGAUAUGAUGAUAUUGGGAUUUCAGAAUCAGGAUUGGUCUCUUAGAAAAUUGUUUGGUCUGGGCUUAUCUGGACCAUGUCCUCUUGCAACCUCAAGUUUCAUUUAUGUUGAUGUUACAUCAAAUGAGACUGGUACUCCUUACCAACUACAACCAGAACCAACAGAGGUAAUAACCAGUAUACGAGGGGGUUAUAAGAGCAAAUUUAAGGUGUACAACAUUCAGAAAAUGAGUUUUACCCAUAUGUUAAAUAUUGUGGCUACAUACUCCACUCCUAAAGUUUAUGCUGUGAAUGUUCCACCUGUUUUAUAUGCCAGCAGAUACAUUGUUGUUCUGAAGAAAUAUGUUCCUGGAAAAGAGCGCUCUCGCCCAUAUUCAUUGGAAGUUUUGCUGAGAAUUCCUGCUCGGUCUGUUACAGAAAUUUAUAUAGAAUUUGAUUAUGUAUUUUUAAAAUGGCAAGAAUAUCCUCCAGAUGCAAAUCAUGGAUUUUAUAUUGGAUCAGCAAUUAUUUCUGCUUAUCUUCCUGUCGGAAAAAACUAUAUGGGAUUGCCACAAGCUGGACCUACCAUAUAUUCAAGUUUCAACGCAUCCAGAGAAGGAUUCUUACUGCAGUUAAGAACAGAAUCUCUCAUAAUAACUCUUCCUACUCCAGACUUUAGUAUGCCAUAUAAUGUUAUUUGCUUGGCUUGCACAGUAGUUGCAUUGGCAUUUGGACCUCUCCACAACAUCACCACUAAAAGACUGUGCAUGAAGGAUGGCAAUUCUUGCAAUGGACUGCUCAUUAGACUAAAAUCAAUGCUCUUUAAAGGAAGAAAACCACAAGCCCAGGCACAUUAAAGAUUGCAAAUCAGAGUAUUAUUUCAUAAAUUCUAUGAAACACACAUGUGACAUUUUGAAAAUAAAGUAAGUGUAGGAAUUGUUGUGAAUCUGUACCUGUUAUGUCAUUAAAAUUGUUUUCAGCUUUAUAGUUUUUUACAUACCAAGGAACAAUUCACUUUCUCAAAUUCCAAAGGAACAGAAUAUUUGCAAUAAACUUUGCUGUAAAUUGUUUUGUAAAAGGAAGUCCUUAAUUUUCAAUCUUCCUCACCAUCUCAAGCUUUCUCAUUUGUAAGACAAGUUUAGAAAACAGUACUUUUGACUUGAUUCUGGAGGAAGAUUAAACACUCUUUCAUUCUUCAUAAAGAAUUUUCCUCUGCCUUCAUUUGUUAUGUGAUACCUUAUGAUAAAGACCCAUCAAGCUUGGCACCAAGGCAAAGGUUGUACUGCACACCACCAUGUUCUGCAACAAACUUAGAAGUCAUAACUGUGACCUCUUGCAGCUCCAGCAAAAUCUGCAGCCCAGAUCUGCCCUGUUUCUGUUAUUACUUAAUGUAGAUAUGAUGGCUGGUGUUGUCAAUUUCAGCAUGUCAAAUGUGUUGUGAUGUUUGCGACAUUCAAAUAUAACAUGUAUGAUAUCAAUUUUCAAGUGUCUUGUGUAUUAAAUGCAUCCAAAGUGAAAUUGUUUUGGAUGCAAAUACUGAAAGAAAUUAAGACAACAUAGAGAAAAUUGAUUACGACAAACUGUCAAAAAAAAAAGAAAAAGCAACAAAACUUAACAUAUUAAUAGCAAGAAACAGAAAAUUGUAGUGGAAAGGAAAGCAAAUUGAAAAUAAUUCAAUCAUUAAAAACGAAGAAAAAAAUUUGAGCCGUUUUUGAUAAUGUUCACGGGGCUUCAUGUAAAGCUCCCCCAAAUUUUGAAGAAGGAUUUUCUAAAUCUCAAAGCUUCAACUCAAACCAGAUGUACCAGGGUUUCUUCAAUUUGCAAAAAAUCGUACGAUUAAUAUAGGUGAUAGGUUCACUAAUCGCCGGUCAAACAGACUGACGAAGAAAGAAGAAGAAGAAAAAAAAAAAGAGCAAACCAAACACCCUUCUCGGUAUCCCAAAACGCGAGUUUUUGAUGAAAACUCCUAAUCGAUUUUCUGCAGCAUUACGUAACUUUCUCUUCACUCUCUAUAUUAUCUUUAUUACUCCAUAAGUACCUAUGUAUAUAAGAGAGUUAAUAGCACAGACAACAAUGUUAAUUUAAUGAUUAAAAAUAAUGUGAAGGCAAAACUAAAUCUUUAAAUAUAAAAUAUUCCUAUGCUAAAGAAACCAUUCGUUUCAUUGAUGUGGCUGAUAUUUUAUCCAAGUGUAAAUAUAAUUUAACAUUCAGAUAGAGGUAUAUUGUACUGUUAUUUUAUAGAUAUUAUUUAUAUAAAUUUAUUAUUUUCACAUUUCCACAAUUAUUUCUUCUACGGCAGCAACGGACACGGUACCAGCUUGUAAUAGAUAAUGUUCAUAUUUUGUACAAGAGAAGCUUGUAUUUUAGAGGAGUGUUGCCUAGUUAAAAAAAUGUUCAAAUACCCUUUUAAAA